AUGUUAACAGCAACUGAAUUUGACGAUCAAUCGAAGAACUUUCAUCGAUACUCACGAAAUAGAGAAAUUCCGAUACUAUCUGACAAAGUCGCUGAAAACAAUUGGGAUAACAUUCAGCAGUCGCCAAGUAGGGAACAACGAGGAGUCGAUGACAAUUCCGGUUUAAUCGAUUUAAGUUCCCAUCAACAAAUCGCAAAUGAUGACACUGACAAACCAACAGAUACACCGAAUCCUGAAAUGGAAUCAAUAAAUCCUAUUGCUGGAUACGCCGAAGAACCUCUUCUAUCGUUGGCUGAAGCUUGUGAACCAUUGACCGAUCUUCUUCACAAUAUGUCAUUUUAUAUUGAGCUAGCAUUAAAGGAAACACCUGCUGAACCACCUGACAGUCUAACAGUAAACGAAAGCGCUGCAAUCCGGCUUUAUACAAUCGAAUGGGACCGUCCACAUCGCAGUCUUUAUUCUAUGAUUAAUUAUCAUUUGAAAAAUUUGGAUCGAGAAAAGCUCUUGCCCUAUUAUAGAUAUCUCAAAUUAUUCAUCACUGCCCUCGCUAAACUACCAUGUGUUCCACCAUUGACUGUUUGGCGAGGUGUAACAAAAAAUUUAAGUACUGAGUUUCCACCAGGUACGAGAAUAACAUGGUGGGCAUUUUCAUCGACUACAACAGAGAUGACUGUACUUGAAAAUAAUAUGUAUUUGGGAAAUCAAGGCGAUCGAACGUUAUUUUCAGUUGAAGCUAUCAAUGGUCGAACAAUUAAAGCACAUUCACAUUUCGUUACGGAAGAUGAAAUUUUACUUCUACCGGGUACUCAUAUGGUUGUUCAAUCGCAACUUUCACCAGCAGCACAACUCUUCAUUGUUCACUUAAAACAAGUUAUACCUGAGGAAACACUACUUGAACCACCAUUUCCAGGUGCGCAUAUUUAUCCAAAAAUAGAGCGUCCUUGGUAUCGCAAAAAGAAAUUUAUGAUUCCAAUAUGCGCGUUGACCAUUUUGAUCAUCGUUGGCGUUGUUGUCGGUGUUGUUUUAGGCACCAAAUCAAAUAAUAAAUCAAAAGUGAUUAAAUGUACAAACCCUUUUCGAGCGGGUGACAUGUACGACACCGGACAUUCUCCAACUUCUUUAGUACUGGGACACUUUAGGAAUACUCGACAGCUAGAUGCUGCAGUAUCGAAUUCUGAAGACAACAACAUCGGUGUCCUAGUUGGUGAUGGGAACGGACGUUUGAAUAAGAUUCGAGGUGAAACUGUCUCGUCUCCAACGGCAAUGAUAUCAGGUGAUUUUAAUAAUGACAAUGUCACGGAUAUCAUAGUAGUGAAUAGUGAUGAGGGCCUUAUUCGUGUGUUGAUCAAUGAUGGAAAUGGAAUGCUAACCGCCACGACGCAAUAUGAAGCAGGUGAUUUACCGUUUUCAAUCGUAGCGGAUGAUUUCAAUGGUGAUAAAAGAUUAGACCUUGUAAUCAUUGACGGAGACGAUGGCUAUGCUCGAAUGUUUUUGGGCAAUAGCGAUGGGUCAUUUUCAUCCGCGGAGGAGUUUUAUGUUAAUGGUUAUCCAACUUCAAUAGCAGCAGGAGAUUUCAAUAACGAUGAAAUACUAGAUUUGGUAGUAACUAAUAUAUAUGACAAUGCUGUAUCAGUUUUAAUUGGUCUUGGGAAUGGUACUUUCGACUAUCCGUUGACUUACCCUGUUGGCUAUUCACCAUAUAUGAUUAUAACAGGUGAUUUUAAUAACGACACUAUCUUAGACUUAGCUGUGACUGUUCAGGUUGACAACAGCGUUAACGUUUUACUUGGCAAUAAAAAUGGAACCUUUCAAGACCCGGUAUCAUCGUAUGCUACUUAUUAUCCAACGUAUUUAGUCUCAGGUUACUUCAAUAAUGAUACAAAACUGGAUUUAAUUGUAGUUUCUACAUAUGAUGAUUACCUCACUGUUUUAUUUGGAAAUAAUGACGGAUCAUUCGGAUCUCCGGAUGAAGAUCAGUAUGACUAUGACGUUGAAUCAAAAGCUUCGAUCGUUGCAUCGAAUGAGGUAUUAUAUCAAGUUAAAGAAAUAGUAACUGUUGGAUAUAGUCCAACAGCUGUCUUAGUAACCGACUUGAAUAACGAUGGACACUCAGAUUUGAUAGUUACUGUCUCAUACGGAAGCGUUGUUAUCAUUCUAUUUGGGACAGGCUAUGGUCAAUUUACUCAACAAUAUUCAUACCCCACAGGUUCAUAUCCAUCAUUCGUAAUAUACCAAGAUUUUAACAAUGAUAAGAAACGAGAUUUAGCUGUUAGUAAUGGGAAUGAUAACACAAUCACCAUUUUAUAUGGUUAUGGUGAUGGAAUAUUUCGUGUUCCACUAACAUAUAGUGUUGGCGUAGCACCGAACUUUCUCGUAUCUGCUGAUUUCAACAAUGAUCAGAAAUUGGAUCUAGCAGUUGCCAAUAUCAACAGCAGUACUUUCAGUGUACUUAUUGGUAAUGGAUCAGCUCUAUUUCUUAGUGCAGUCAAUUAUUCACUUAAUGCUACGCCGGCGGCUAUGAUAACAGCUGAUUUUAACAGCGACAAUAAAUUAGAUUUAGCACUAGUUAUGAAAGAUAGCUAUCAUAUCGCGAUGUUCCUAGGCGAUGGAGAUGGUGUCUUUAAGACAGGAAGUGAUAUUCUUGUUGAGAAUAAGCCAGUGUCUCUCGUAGCAGCUGAUUUGGAUCGUGAUACUAAAAUUGACUUGGUAGUGGUUAACCGAAAUAAUAAUAGUAUCAGUAUCUAUCUUGGUUAUGGAAAUGGAAGUUUUCAUCGUACAACGGAUUAUGUCGUAGGUAAAUCACCAGCCUCAGCGACAUCAAGCGACUUGGAUAAUGAUGGUCUACUCGACUUAGUAGUAACUAAUACUGGUCGCAAUACUGUAACUAUCCUGUUUGGCAAUGGUGAUGGAACGUUUCCUCAGCAACAAAAUGAAACCGUUGGUAAAUAUCCCAAUAAUGUGAUAACAGCUGAUUUAAACGAUGACAACUAUUUGGAUGUGAUUACUACUAAUAUUGGUGAUAAUACUAUGAGUGUGUUGUUCGGUAACGGAAGUAGGGUCUUUAUGAAACAAGUUAAAUACGCAACGGGAGUUAUCCCAGCUGGUCUUGCACAGGGUGACAUCAAUAACGAUAACAAGGUCGAUGUAGUUGUGGCGAAUAGUCAAUCAGAAAAAGUAUCUGUGUUUUUGAAUAUAUGUAGCGAUAUAGUAGCUACUUCCUCGUGA